AUGGAGAUGUUGUUCCAUCUAAAGAAUUUGAAAGCCAUCGUUGAGGGUGAGCAUCUAAUGCCAGUCCAAGAAUUUGAAGAGAAUGUAGCACACCCUACGCUUGUCAAUGGUGACGACGUAGAUGAUUGGAAAAUGAGAGAUUGCUAUGCAAGAUUCCUCAUCUUUAACAGCUGCGAUGAAGUUAGAAAACUUGCACUACUUAACAGCAGAACCUGCCACGAGAUGUGGACAAGACUGGAGACUCAAUAUUUACAGCGAGCUGCUGAUAAUAAGCACAUGUUACAUAGAGAUUUUCUCAAUCUUCGACCGACACCCAGUCAAGAUAUUAUGAUCCACAUCACAGCUCUAGAGUCGAUGACCACUGAACUAAACGAUCUAGGUGUGAACAUCACCGAACAUGACUUAAUUACCACAAUCAUGUGUAGUCUUCCUGCAAGAUUUGGAUUCCUAUCAUUUUCUUGGGAUAAUGUACCAAACAACGAAAGAACUAUGGACACUCUCCGAGCAAGAACCGUUUCAGAACAACGACGCAUUGACGUAAGAGUUGAAGAAGAGAGAAGCCACACUCCAUCCCAUGGAGCAGAAAGCAAUACUCUUCAAGCAUUUGGGAGUCAAAGAGGAUCAUUCAGUUGUGGAUUUCGAGGUGGAAGAAGUCGUAGUAAUGGACCACCACGUGAUUCGAUUAAUAGAGACAAUGUAAAGUGUACCUAUUGUGGAAAACCAAGACACUACGAAUUUGAAUGUCGAAAACGGAUUGAAGAUCAAGGUGAGAAGCAACCCUCUUUGCCAAAACGAUCAAACAACGAUGGAGAAGGAAGUGGAUCUCAGCGACGAGUUGAUUUCUCUCUCAUAUCCGUUUGCUGUUUGUCAGCAGUUGAACUUGAUGCUAUUGUUCUAGACUCUGGAGCUACAAGACAUAUGAGUGGAGAACGUUCAUUCUUCACAGAACUAAGUGGCAUCUCACCUGGCAGUUGGCCGAUUAAUUGUAUUGGUGGUAAACUACCUCAUGCUGUUGGAAUGGGAACAAUCAAGUUGACCACGAGUGUAAAUGGAGCAAACGUGAACGGAGAAUUGAAGAACGCUUUAUACGUUCCUGGACUGGGAGUGACCCUGAUUUCGAUCGCUUGCCUUUCAAUCAGUGGUUAUGCUGUUUUCUUCAGUGGUCUGAAUGCCAUUGUUGAAGGAGAUAACACAAUCAUCAUGACAGCUUUGUAA